GGGAAAUAGGGCAAGCGUGUCUGAGGAUCGUGAAUGGGGCGCCUUUGCAAAGGUGUUUCUCCUGAUAGAUCCAUUAGUGCCCGUGGCCAUCGAUUCAGGCAACGAGACUGCACCUGGUUUGUGGUACAUAAGGGCAAUGCUGCUAGCUGGGUGGCGGAAGACUGUGUAAAGUUGCCAAGUGAUUAGCCACCCUCCAACUAAGUCGGCAGGACAGUUGGCUAUUUAGAUAGUUCUAGCGUAGUGAACAGGUGGGGGACAAUUUGCCCUUUUGUUGGUUCAACGACAGGUAUUUCAGGCACCACAGGUGAAAGCAUCGAAGUUGGUGCUGUGAUGGAUGCUGCUGCUGUGGCUCGUUCGCACCACUGCCUCUGCGGGGGCCCGACGGCCACAGGAAAACCCCAGAGACUGCAGAGCGCAGAAUGUCACACAACCAGUUUUACUUUGAGUCCAGUGUCCCGGCAAUUUUGCCGAAAGCAACAUCGGUGGUUGCAACAGAAGCAGCAGAGGUUAGAUUCCAGGCGAAGACCACAACCCAGUGGUAGUUUGGCAAGCAGGGGCAGCCAAGCUGACCUCCAGGCGUUCUUGUCAGACAUUGGGAGAAUAGAGAGAUCGAGGGGCAGGCGAGUGCCACCUAUUUCUUCGGAAACUGCAGACCGAGGGGGUUAUGACAGUACACGGUCCAGAACAUCACGAUGGCAGGGGUCAGCAGCUGCGUCUCUUGCUUCGAUGGCGCCUACGGCCCCUCAGGCGCCUGUUGCUCCCGAAGGGAAUGCCGUCCAAGAAGCCACAGAGCGCGUCGGAGUGUUAUUACUUAAUCUAGGGGGCCCGGAGACUCUCGAUGACGUGCAACCUUUCCUGUUCAACCUCUUUGCAGAUCCUGAUAUUAUCCGCCUGCCUCGCAACCUCCGCUUUCUGCAGCGCCCGCUGGCGCAAUUCAUCUCUUCCGUGCGUGCACCCAAGAGUGCCGAAGGCUACGCUGCUAUUGGGGGAGGUUCUCCCCUCAGACGAAUCACGAAUGACCAGGCUCAGGCACUACAAGAGAGCCUUGAAAAGAAGGGCUGUCCUGCGCAUGUAUAUGUAGGUAUGAGGUACUGGCAUCCAUUCACGGAGGAAGCGAUCUUCGAUAUCAAGCAGGAUCGGAUAACCCGGCUUGUCGUCCUCCCUCUGUACCCUCAAUUCUCCAUCUCCACCAGCGGGUCGAGCUUGCGCCUCCUAGAGCGACUCUUCAGGGAGGACGACUACCUGGUCCAGAUGGAGCACACGGUCAUUCCGUCCUGGUACCAGCGGAGCGGGUACGUGAAGGCGAUGGCGAACCUCAUCGAAGAGGAGCUGCAAAAGCUGCCAGUGCCAGAAGAGGCCCACAUUUUCUUCAGCGCGCAUGGGGUGCCGGUGACCUACGUGGAGGAUGCUGGAGAUCCGUACAAAGCCGAGAUGGAGGAGUGCAUCGCAUUGAUCACGCAGGAGCUCGAAGACAGAGGGGUGGACAACAAAUACACGCUUGCAUAUCAAAGUCGAGUCGGACCAGUCGAGUGGUUGAAGCCAUAUACUGAUGAGACGAUCAAGAAGCUGGGCAAGGAGGGAGUAAAGUCGCUACUGGCUGUGCCUAUAAGUUUCGUGAGCGAGCACAUUGAGACGCUGGAAGAGAUCGACGUGGAGUACCGGGAGCUGGCGCUGGCGUCGGGCAUUGUGCACUGGGGCCGCGUGCCCGCGCUGGGCGUGGAGCCCAUGUUCAUCGACGACCUGGCAGACGCUGUGCUGGAGGCGCUGCCGUUCGUGGGGGCCAUGGCCAUGUCGUCCGUCGAUGCUAAGCAGGCUCUGGUGCCUCUGGGCAGCGUCGAGGAGCUGUUGGCGACGUACGACACGCUGCGGAGGGAGCUGCCAGCGCCGGUCGCAGUGUGGGAGUGGGGCUGGACGAAAUCGGCGGAGACGUGGAACGGGCGAAUUGCGAUGAUUGCUGUUCUUGCUCUGCUAAUAUUGGAAGUCACCACUGGGCAAGGCGUGCUGCACCAAUGGGGAAUGCUGCCUCCGAAAACCUGGUAGCUGUCCCAGCGGACAAGUAGAGGUCCAUGAUUCAUUUUGUGCGUAGUCUGGGAGGGUGGGACACUAGACAUGGCCACGCCUUCUGUGGUUGUACAUCAAGGUGCAGCAGGACCCGAUUUGCAGCUCCCUUCCGCAGAAGUAGCUGCAAGACGUCAUUCCAGCAUCUGUACGUCGCGCAGAUAGGACUGAUCACCAAACGGUUUCUCAAAAAGGUCAUGUGCUUCAACAGAUUCAAGUUACAGUUGAAUUUGACGAGUCUAGGUCUGGUUGGCCGUGAAGCUGCUUUGCAUGGAUGCAAGACAGUCCUUUCCGGUCAUUGUAUCACAAUAUUGCAUGUUGUGUGAA